UGAUGGAGAGACACCGACCGGGCUGAAUCUAGCUGAGACCCGAUCUUCAACAACGCCGGAUCUCUGAUUCGUGUAGCGGAGAGGUUUCAGCGGCGGGACUCGGUGGAUGAUCUGAUGUGUGUGGAUCUGGAGCGCGUUAACCUGAGCUGAACCUGUCGUCUCUCCCGGUGUGUUUCUGUUGAUUUUGUCGGUAGUUUUUUUUUUCUCCGUGUCGGUGAUGGUGGACGCAGCGGAGUGCGGGGUGUGCGGCGUGAAGGUGAUGUGUCGCUUCAGGCCACUGAACGACGCGGAGCGGAACCGCGGAGACAAAUACAUCCCCAAAUUCAAUGGAGACGACACGGUGGUGGUGGCGGGGAAGCCGUAUGUGUAUGACAGAGUCCUCUCUCCACACACUGAACAGGUUCAGGUGUAUGACACCUGUGCCAAACAGAUUGUCAGAGAUGUGUUGGGGGGAUAUAAUGGAACGAUCUUUGCGUAUGGUCAGACGUCAUCAGGAAAGACUCACACCAUGGAGGGAAACCUCCAUGACCCUCGUCUGAUGGGAAUCAUUCCUCGUAUCGCUAGAGACAUUUUCGACCACAUCUACUCGAUGGACGAAAACCUGGAGUUCCACAUCAAGGUUUCUUAUUUUGAAAUCUAUCUGGAUAAAAUCAGAGACUUACUCGAUGUGUCAAAGACAAACCUGGCUGUACACGAGGACAAAAACAGGGUUCCCUUUGUGAAGGGCUGUACGGAGCGUUUUGUUUCUAGUCCUGAGGAGGUGAUGGACGUCAUUGACGAGGGAAAAGCAAACAGACACGUUGCUGUUACCAACAUGAAUGAGCACAGCUCUCGCAGUCACAGUAUUUUUCUGAUCAACAUCAAGCAGGAGAAUGUGGAGACGGAGAUGAAACUGUCAGGGAAACUUUACCUGGUCGACCUGGCAGGCAGUGAGAAGGUAAGUAAAACAGGAGCAGAGGGGGCAGUGUUGGAUGAAGCCAAGAACAUCAACAAGUCUCUGUCGGCUCUCGGGAACGUUAUUGCUGCUCUGAGUGAAGGAACAAAAACCCACGUCCCGUACAGAGACAGUAAGAUGACCCGAAUCCUUCAGGACUCUUUGGGAGGAAAUUGUCGAACCACCAUCAUCAUCUGUUGCUCGCCGUCUGUUUACAACGAGGCUGAAACCAAGUCCACCCUCAUGUUUGGACAGAGAGCUAAAACCAUAAAGAACACAGUGUCUGUGAACCUGGAGUUGACUGCUGAGGAAUGGAAGAAGAAGUAUGAGAAGGAGAAAGAGAAGAACAGGAGUCUGAACAUCAUGAUACAGAAACUGGAGAAUGAGCUGAAACGGUGGAGGAAAGGUGAGUCUGUGCCUGUUGAGGAGCAGCUGAGCAGCAGAAACAAGAAGAGCAGCAGUGAGAUGACAGUAGUGACGGACAGCUUGGCACCGCCCCCGACUCCUCUGUCCAACGAGGAGAAGACGCAAUACGAGAUGCUCAUCACAGACCUGUAUCACCAGCUGGAUGACAAGGAUGAUGAGAUCAACCAGCACAGUCAGGCGGCUGAGAAAGUCAAACAGCAGCUGAUCGAUCAGGAUGAGCUGUUGGCGUCAAGCCGCCAGGACUAUAAGCGUCUGCAGGAGGAGCUGUCCCAGCUGCAGAGGGACAACGACUCAGCCAAAGAGGAGGUGAAGGAGGUGCUGCAGGCGCUGGAGGAACUCGCCGUCAACUAUGACCACAAAAGCCAGGAGGUGGAGGACAAGAACCACUGUAACGAGCAGCUGAAUGAGGAGCUAGCACACAAAACUGUGAGUCUGGAGGUGGUUCAGAGGGAGUUUUCAGCUCUGCAGGACCUCAGCUCUCAUCAUAAGAAGAGAUCAGCAGAGAUCCUCAAUCUGCUGCUCAGAGACCUCAGUGACAUCGGUAGCGUCCUUGGUACCACUGACCUCAAAGCUAUGACUGAGACGAGUGGGGUGAUGGAGGAGGAGUUCACCACAACUCGUCUCUACAUCAGUAAGAUGAAGUCUGAGGUAAAAUCUCUGGUGAACCGUAGCAAACAGUUGGAAGUCAACUUGACGGAGACCACCUGCAGGAUGGAGGCCAGUGAGAAGGAGCUCAACACCCUUCAGUUGCUUGUCUCACAGCUCCAGGCGAAGAUGGUGUCUCUGACCGACGACCUGCAGAAGGUGGAGCAGAAGAAGAGGCAGCUGGAAGAGAGUCAGGACACUCUGAUGGAGGAGGUUGCAAAACUCCAGGCUCAAGGUAAAAUGCAUGAGGUGACAGUGAUGGACAAAGAGAAAGAACACAUGAGCAGACUGAAGGAUGCUGUUGAGAUGAAGAGAACUCUAGAGGAACAGAUGGAGAACCACAGAGAAGUUCAUCAAAAACAGCUGAGUCGACUCCGAGAUGAGAUUGAGCAGAAACAGAGAAACCUCGACCAACUCAAAGAUGUGAAUCAGGCGCUGCAGCUGGAGAACAGGAAGCUUCAGUUAGACUUUGACAAACUGAGAGCUGAGGAUCAGAACAAAGAUCAGAAACUCCAGAAACUGCUGUCCCUGGAUGAGAAGAGAGAACAAGCCAAAGAGGACCUGAAGGGUCUGGAGGAGACAGUGGCCAAAGAGCUGCAGACGCUGAAUAACCUUCGUAAACUCUUCAUCCAGGACCUUGGCACUCGAGUCAAAAAUAGUUCAGAGAAUGACAGCGACGAAGCUGGCGGCAGUCCAGCUCAGAGACAGCGGAUCAUCUUCUUAGAAAAUAACCUGGAGCAGCUCAGUAAGGUCCACAAACAGCUCGUGCGGGACAAUGCAGACCUUCGUUGUGAGCUGCCCAAGCUGGAAAAGCGUCUGCGGGCCACAGCAGAGCGAGUGAAAGCUCUGGAAGCCGCCUUGAGGGACGCCAAGGAGUCGGCUGUGAGAGACCGCAAACGAUACCAACAGGAAGUGGACCGUAUCAAAGAAGCUGUCCGCUCCAAGAACGUCUCCAGGAGAGGACACUCUGCUCAGAUAGCCAAGCCAAUCAGAGCCGGACAUCAGCACCCAUCCUUCUCUCCAUCCAUCAGACCAACCAUCAGAGGAGGGGGGGCAGCAUCUAGUCCACGUCAUCACUCCCCCCGACAGCAAUCAUCUCAGCAACCAAUGCAGCAACUACCCCAUCAGAGCCACUGCAAGUAGGCUCCAGGUAGCAGAUGACUGGAUCAGUUUCCUCCUCUGUGGAUCUAUGGAAGUGUGAAUUCUCCUAUUCUCACCGCUCUGCCUUUACUGGAACCAGACUCCUUGUUUUUACAGCUUUCCACCUUAACAGCCAUUCCACCUUAACAGCCAACAUGCGCUUUCUUCUCUCUUUCUCUUCUUUUUCUGGCAGAAAAUCAGUCAGCUCUGUUGCUUCAAAGUUUAAUGAAUUCAAUAACAAUUUCAAUGAGUUUAAUGAGUUUAAAGGGGACCUAUUAUGCUU